AUGAAGUUCUCUCAUUCCUUGCAGUUCAACGCUGUUCCAGAAUGGACUACCAAAUAUAUUGGUUAUUCUCAGUUGAAGAAAUUGAUCUAUACAUUACAAAAGGAGAAGUUGUAUAGAUCCACUUCUGAAAGUUCUGACCUGGAAAGUACCCCACUGACUACCGCUGUCACGAGGGAUUCUUACGAACAGAGAUUUAUCGAUGCGUUGGAUAAAGAGUUGGACAAAAUCGACUCGUUUUAUACCAUGCAGGAGACGUCGAUCUUGGCCAAUUACUCUGAAGUGUAUGAAGACGUGACUACGUUCCAGAAUGAACUGAUGAACAGAUCGAUACAUAAUACAAGCACUGGUGAUCUGAACAGACAGGGAACAAGGCGAUCAUCUUCUAUCUCUGAAUACAAUUCACAGCCAGAAAUGGAUCUUUAUUCUGAGGAAGACGAUGACGAGGACGGGUUUUCCAUUGGAAACCAAGAGCAGUCUGAUGGUCAGAAUAAGCAGAUCCAGGCUCGAAGAGCAAGAACUGGUUCAGUAGGAUCUAGGCUCAUGCAUUCCAUUACCAGUGAAAUACUUCCAACGCUGUCCAGGGUAACUGAUUUCACCACUACUGAUCCUAUUAUGGAACAACAGAUUACUUUGAAGAAGAGAAUCGUUGCCUGUUUCACUCAACUUUCAGAAUUAAAAUCUUUUAUCGAGUUGAAUCAAACUGGUUUUGCCAAGAUCUGCAAAAAAUUCGAUAAAUCUUUGGAUAGUAAUAUCAAGACCGAUUAUUUAAAGAGUUUAUCAAAGAAAUCGCAUGUGUUCAAUGAACACACCAUUGAGAAUUUAUCUAAUGACAUCAAUGAAGUCAUAGUCAUGUAUGCAAAAGCUAUUGGAUUAAUGGACCCUCAACAUGAGGUCUUUAACUUCCAAGAAGCUGAAAGAGAGCUUUCCCUUCAUUUGAGAGAACACGUUGUGUGGGAAAGAAACACUGUGUGGAAGGAUAUGAUGAAUUUAGAAAGAAAGGCUCAAAAUGUCAAAGCUGAAAAGGCUCUGAAGAAAGCUUCUACUGUUACCUUCAGAAGUAUCACGAAAGAUACGGAAGGAAAUAUCGAAUUGUUAGACUCGAAUGAACUACAAUUCCCUCAGACAGUUUCUGAAGUUUUCAAACUAUCUCCUCUGCAAUUUAUAAGCUUGCUUAUUUCUUCAACACAAUUGAUAAAACUGAUCAUAAUUACCUCCAUAUUCGUGACAUUGUUGUUUAUAUCUCCAAUGAGAGACACUUUGCAGAAGAACUGUUUGGCAAUCUUGAUUUACGCAUCUUUACUUUGGGCAACAGAAACUAUACCUUUAUUCGUUACAUCACUCUUAGUUCCUUUAUUAAUUGUUGUUUUCCCAGUUUUAAAGGAUACAACGGAUGGACACAUACUAAACCCAACAGAAUCUUCCCAGUAUAUUUUGUCCACAAUGUGGUCUAGUGUGAUUAUGUUAUUACUAGGUGGUUUUACCUUGGCAGCAGCACUAUCUAAAUAUAACAUUGCUAAGGUUCUAUCAACUCACAUUUUGUCGUCUGCGGGGACAAACCCAAAGAUUAUUCUUUUGACAAAUAUGGGUGUGGCUUUGUUUGCAUCAAUGUGGGUAUCCAAUGUAGCCGCGCCGGUAUUGUGUUAUUCCAUUAUUCAGCCAUUAUUAAGAACUUUGCCUAAAGGCAGUACAUUUGCAAAAUCAUUGAUUUUAGGUAUUGCAUUGGCAUCCAAUAUUGGAGGUAUGGCAUCCCCUAUUGCUUCCCCUCAAAACAUCAUUUCGAUAGGUAUGAUGGAUCCGCCACCUUCAUGGGGCCAAUGGUUUAUUGUAUCAUUACCUGUUUGUGUCAUUUGUAUCGUUGUCAUCUGGUGUUUACUACUUUUGACUUUCCCUCCGGACAGCAAUUUGAAAAUUUUGAAAUAUCAUCCAAUUUCGGAUCCAUUCACUGUGCAGCAGUGGUAUAUCACGAUCGUUACCAUACUCACAAUCGUAUUAUGGUGUUUAGCUAACCAAUUGAAGGAUGUUUUCGGAGAGAUGGGUAUCAUUUCGGUCAUUCCAAUGUUGUUGUUUUUCGGAACUGGUAUUUUAGAUUCUGAUGAUUUCAACAAUUUCAUGUGGACUAUUGUCAUUUUAGCGAUGGGUGGAACUACUUUGGGCAAAGCUGUCACCUCUUCAGGCUUACUCUCAACUAUUGCAUCGAUAAUCAAAGAGUCAAUUGAAACUAAACCGGUUUUCCAAAUCGUAUUGAUAUUCGGCAUCGUCAUAUUGACUAUGGCUACUUUUGUCUCUCAUACAGUCGCUGCUAUGAUCAUCGUCCCAUUAAUGAAAGAGAUCGGAUCAAAUCUACCUGGUGGAGACCAUUCAAGGUUAUUAAUAAUGGUUGCCGCGUUCCUAUGUUCAGCAGCAAUGGGAUUACCUACUUCCGGUUUCCCUAAUGUCACUGCAAUUUCUAUGAUUGAUGAUGUCGGUGAUCGAUAUUUGUCGGUUAAUAACUUUAUCACCAGGGGUGUGCCAGCAAGUAUCGUUGCAUAUUCAGUUAUCGUUACUGUUGGCUAUGCCCUCAUGAAAGUAAUAGGAUACUAA